AAAAAAUUAUAAAUGGAAAGCUGAGCAAGCGGGACUCUGACUUGCUUGCUCAUAAUAUUUUUGUAUUUUGUAUCGAACAAAACCUGUUUUUUUACAAGCUAAUUUAAUACUAAAUAGUUAACAAUAAUUUAGAAUUUGAUCAAGUUAAUUAAAGUUGAUCAUGGGAAUUUCGAACUGUUUUCAAGAUUUCAUAGCAGGGCCAUGGAUUUCUUUAAUCGGAGCAGGAAUAGUUUGCUGGUUAUCUUUCAGUGCGAUGACAUAUGUGAUGGGAAUUCUGGAGACAAAGAAAAUCAUUCGGAAAAAGCAAGAGGACAGAGAAGCACAAUUUAAAAAAUUGGAAAGUCAGAGCCGUUACCAAUUGAAUGAGAAGCAUGAAAAGAUUUUGAGCUUAAGUGAUGAUGAGCUUAUCGAUCAGUUACAGUCGAGAAAGUUGACAGCGGUGGAGGUUCAAGAAGCGUUCAUUGCAAAGUCAAUCAAAGUGACCAGAGAAUUUAACAUGGUGACCGAGUUCAUUCCACAAGCGGAAGAAUGGGCAAAAGAGUUGGACGCCAUGAAGGGUUCUCUCCGUGGUCCUCUGCACGGAUUUCCCAUCUCGGUAAAAGAUAACUGCAACGUAAUUGGGAUGGAUUCCACAAUUGGACUUGGAAAGUUUCUCUACCAGCCAGCCGAAGAUUCUUCAGCAAUCGUGAAAUCGUUAAUGGCUUUGGGGGCCAUUCCAUUCGCAAAAACUAACGUGCCACAAACAUUGUUAAGCUUUGGAUGUGCGAAUCCUGUGUUUGGACUGACCAAGAACUUUCUUAACUCCUCGCUUUCACCAGGAGGAUCUAGUGGUGGCGAGUCUAGCCUUAUCGCUGCUGGGGGAUCACGGCUUGGAAUUGGGAGCGAUAUUGGUGGAAGCGUUAGAAUUCCUGCACACUUCACUGGAAUUGCUGGGUUUAAGGUCACAAAGGGUCGAUUUUGUGGCACCGGAUUUAGAGGAAGUUUGCCAAACGUAGUGGGAAUCAUGGGAGUCCCUGGACUUUUAGCUGAUAAUAUAAACAUGAUCGCAAAAACAACGAAAUACAUGACGGAAAAUAAUUUGCAGACCAAAUACGAUCCUUUGGCCGUCCCAAUUCCUUGGAAUGAGCAGAUGUUCUCCAAGAAAAAGUUGAAAAUUGGAUAUUUCACAUCACUGCCAUACUUUCCUCUCGUCGGGGACACGGAGGAGAUUGUUCUUAAAGCAAAGUCUGCGUUGGAGUCGCAGGGACAUACUUUGGUCCCUUUCGAAAUGCCAGACAGUUUUGAAAUGAUGAACCUCGUCUUUGAUUUCUGUUUCGGAGAUGCUGGCGAAUAUCUACUGAAAAAUUGGAGACAUGAACCGAUCCCACUUUCCGUCGUUGUCAACUUUAUGAUAUGCAAAUCUCCAAUGUGGAUGAGGAAAGUUAUUGUUCUCAUUAUGGGAUGUAAAUGGAUGCCCUUGGUUCAUUCUUCGCGUGCAGUUACCAUCAUUGGACGGGGAGCAAAUAGCACCAGCAAAUUAUGGGAGAGAUUGGGAGACCGUAAAAAGAUGACGGAGGACUUGUUGACAUCUUGGAAAGCCGCAAACCUCGAUUUAGUCCUUUGUCCGACUUAUCCAUUCCCUGCCGUUCCUCACCACAUGCCCGGACGCUUACAACCGAGCGUCUUUUACACAAUGAUCUGGAAUCUUUUCGACUUUCCGGCCGGAGUGAUAAAGUGGGGAACCGAGUCAGGGGAAAAAGUUGAUAAAUAUGAUUGUCAAAAUGACAUGGUUUUGAGGACAGGAAAACAGGGCGCCAAGCAAGCCACUGGGAUGCCUAUUUCUGUCCAAAUUGUUGGCCUUCCUUUUCAAGAAGAGCUCGUUUUGCGAGGAUUGGCUGAACUUGAAGCAGUUUCGCCGUACAAGAAAAAAUAAAUCGUACCAAAAUUGUUAGCAAUAAAAAUAUGCACAAAUCAAAAAUUAGCUCAAUCAGUGAAAGUGAACAAAAAAGUGCCUCCAAUUCUACAUGCACAGAUGAGAUUAUAACUUGUUGAGACAUUCCACACUUGUAAAACACUUGCAAAUUUUAUGAAACAAAAAAGAACCCCGUUAUGUAACAGUUGCCAAAAAAUAAUCGAUAGGAAUAAACGAACCAUGAAAGACUCACUAACCAACAA